AUUAAUCCACAAAUUAAUAUAGAUUUUAAUUACAAAAUUUUGUGUUUUACUUUUUUUUUUUUUUUUCAAAGUGAUUUUCCAUGGGUAAAACAAAAAGGACUAAUCACGAGUUUACAAAGGGUAGCAGUAAAAAAUUUACUGCUGAUAUUCAGGUUAAGUAAAUAAUAAAGUGGAAAACGGUGGGCUCUCAGUCGGUUCAGUACUUGGCCUGUCCCUCUUUCCCUCUCUUUCUCUCUCCUUCUCUGUACUGUUUCUUACAGCGAGAGAAAGAAAAGAUUCAGUCUUUCCUUCUACAGAUCUCGCUUCCCAGUUCACAUGCUCACUUUACUUACUCCCUCUCCCCUUCUACUAGCUCAAACCCUUCUUCCAAGCUCCCAUUUUCACGCUCAAGCUUCGACUUACACACUGCAGCAGCUCCCAACAUUGGUGAAAAGUUCAGUGAUUGAGAGGUACAAAGCUUGUGACUUUUUUUGGUUAUUUUGUUAAGGGUAUUACUCUGUUGAUAAUGAUGCAGUCCAAGUGUUUGUUGGUUUGCCUGUGUGAAGUUGGUGUGGGUUGUUGUUGACAGAGGAGAGGAGGGGGGAAAAGAAAUGUUUGGAAUGGAAUAGUUAGGUAGCUUUGUUAACUCUGGCAAGCAAGCCAGAGUAGAAGAAAAUGAAUUGGCAUUAAGUUUAGGUUUGACAAAAUAAGCAAACUUGGAGGUUUUAUCUUUUUUGGGGGUUCCAUUAUUGAUCUUGGGUUUGAAUUAUUCUGCCCAUUCUGCAGCUAUUCUGUUCCCCGGAAUUAGAUCCGUUAGCAUGUAUAUGUAGAUGUGGGUUUUGAUCAUUCUUGUUUGGUUGCUGUGAAAUUGUUGGAAGAAGACAAAUUGUAAAGGAAAACACUUUCUUUUUUCCUAUCAUUUGUUGUAAAAGUUUGGAUCUUUGGCCAUCAAAAGAGGGAAAAGGAAAAGUUCGAAUCAUUGGUCACAUAUCUUGAGAGCCUAGUGGCACCGCCACCUUCAAGAGUGGCCAGAUUGGGCUUACCUGUACUGUAGUGUAAGUAUCUAUCUUUGCUCAACGAGAUGGUUUACAGAUGAGCUUGAGCUUCCAUCAUUAAUGCAGAGAAGAUUACUUGUUGAUCAUGCACUGAGAGCCAUUAAAUACAUGCCUACGUUAUGUGUUUAUGUGUGUCAUUGUAAAGAAAUGUCAUUUUCUUCAUUUAAUUUCUUGCCUUAUUUCCCAGCUACCAUGAAUCAUGUUAAAAUCAUGACUUCUUCUUUGGUUCAGUUUUGCAGGUUAACUUGAGCCUUCUGGCAUCACCCUUCUCUUCCAUUCCAUCAACCAAAUUUAGCAGCUUCUGAUUCUUUAGCUGAGUCUUAGAUCAGAAGAAGGCAAAAUGAUGCAGAAGCCACCACAGAAUGUGGACUUUGCACUCAAGGAGACCUCCCCAAAAAUUGGGGCAGGAGCCAUAGCAAGCGACAAGCUAGCCUCAACUUAUGAUCUCGUCGAGCAAAUGCAGUAUCUCUACGUCCGAGUGGUGAAAGCACGAGACUUGCCUUCCAAAGAUGUCACUGGGGGUUGCGAUCCUUAUGUUGAGGUCAAGCUUGGAAACUACAAAGGAAUCACAAGGCACUUUGAGAAGAAGUCAAACCCUGAAUGGAACCAAGUCUUCGCCUUCUCGAAGGACAGAAUCCAAGCAUCGGUUCUCGAAGUCACAGUGAAGGAUAAAGAUGUUGUUGUAGAUGACUUGAUUGGCAGAAUGAUGUUCGAUCUCAAUGACAUCCCGAAGAGGGUCCCACCAGACAGCCCAUUGGCCCCACAAUGGUAUAGGCUCGAGGAUCGGCACGGGAAUAAAGUGAAGAAUGGUGAGCUAAUGCUUGCUGUUUGGAUGGGGACUCAAGCUGAUGAAGCAUUCUCCGAUGCUUGGCAUUCCGAUGCAGCAACUGUGGGCCCAGAUGGUGUGGCAAACAUCAGGUCCAAGGUAUAUCUCUCACCCAAGCUAUGGUAUGUGAGAGUGAAUGUGAUUGAAGCUCAAGACUUGAUACCUAACGAUAAGACCAGGUUCCCUGAACCUUAUGUGAAAGUCCAGUUAGGAAACCAGCUGAUGAGAACUAGAAUAUGCCCAACCAAGACGAUUAAUCCGAUGUGGAAUGAGGAUCUAGUGUUUGUGGUAGCCGAGCCCUUUGAGGAGCCCAUGAUUUUGUCUUUAGAAGAUAGAAUAGCUCCCAACAAAGAUGAUACCUUGGGGAGAUGUGUCAUUCCGUUGCAGCUAGUCCAAAGAAGGCUUGACCACAAGCCGGUGAACACAAGAUGGUUCAACCUCGAGAAGCAUGUGAUUGUGGAUGGUGAGAAGAAAGAGACCAAAUUUGCUAGCAGGAUUCAUUUAAGAGUCUGUUUGGAAGGAGGGUACCAUGUUUUGGAUGAAUCAACACAUUACAGUAGUGAUCUUAGACCAACUGCUAAGCAGCUGUGGAAAACCAAUAUCGGCAUCUUGGAAGUUGGAGUCCUGAGUGCAGUUGGAUUAUCACCCAUGAAGUCGAAAGAUGGGCGAGGGACCACUGAUGCUUACUGUGUGGCGAAGUACGGGCAGAAAUGGGUGAGAACAAGGACUAUUGUCGACUGCUUUACACCGAAAUGGAACGAGCAAUACACGUGGGAGGUCUUUGAUCCUUGCACCGUGAUCACCGUAGGCGUCUUUGACAAUGGACAUCUGAAUGGAGGGUCUGGAAGAGAUUCAAGGAUUGGGAAAGUGAGGAUUCGACUCUCCACACUCGAGACCGAUCGAGUGUACACGCAUGCUUACCCUCUAUUAGUCCUACACCCUUCAGGAGUGAAGAAAAUGGGUGAGCUUCAACUAGCUGUGAGGUUCACCUGCUCAUCAUUGAUCAACAUGCUUCACCUGUACUCACACCCUUUGCUCCCCAAGAUGCACUACAUCCACCCAUUAUCGGUUAUGCAGCUGGACAUCUUAAGGCACCAAGCUAUACAGAUAGUAUCGAUGAGGUUGAAUCGAGCCGAACCACCACUGAGGAAGGAAAUCGUCGAGUACAUGCUUGAUGUCGAUUCACACAUGUGGAGCAUGAGAAGGAGCAAAGCUAACUUCUUUAGGAUCAUGAAUGUCUUGGGUGGGUUGAUAGCCGUGGGGAGAUGGUUUGACCAGAUAUGCAACUGGAAGAACCCUAUAACCACAGUUUUAAUCCACAUCCUCUUCAUCAUUUUAGUUCUCUACCCUGAGCUAAUCUUGCCUACUAUCUUCCUUUACCUCUUUCUCAUCGGGAUAUGGAACUAUCGGUGGAGGCCAAGGCACCCACCUCAUAUGGACACCAGACUCUCACACGCCGAUGCUUGCCACCCAGACGAGCUGGACGAGGAGUUCGACACAUUCCCCACCAGCAGGCCAUCUGAUAUCGUGAGGACGAGGUAUGAUCGUCUGAGGAGCAUUGCAGGGAAAGUUCAGACCGUGGUGGGUGACCUGGCUACUCAGGGGGAGAGGUUUCAGUCGCUGUUGAGCUGGAGGGAUCCAAGAGCCACAACUUUGUUUGUGACAUUCUGCUUGAUUGCUGCUGUCGUGCUGUACGUGACGCCGUUUCAGGUCGUGGGGCUUCUGAUUGGGAUCUAUGUGCUGAGGCAUCCCAGGUUCCGGCACAAGCUUCCUUCUGUUCCUCUCAACUUCUUCAGGAGGCUGCCUGCAAGGUCUGACAGCAUGCUUUGACGUCGAUACAUUCCGCCUUUCUGGGAUCAUAAUGUAACAAGCUGAGCUGCCUUUAGUUGUAGGUUUUGUGUCUGGACAUUGUGUUCUCUUCUUCUUGCUGUCUGAGAAAUUCAGGUUGUUUUAUUGUAAUCUAUAGCUAGUUGUGACAUUGGUUGAUCAUUUGCAGGUUUCAGCUUUGAAUAUGCAGUAAGUUCUAGUUCUGCACACUGUCAUUCUGGUUGAUAGUUCAGACAUGGUCUCCAACUAUGUUGUUACUGAAAAUGCUAAGAGAAGUGACCGAUGUCACCAUUGUUAUUUGUUAUGUGACACAAUACACAGAGAUACCCAUGUCGGAUCUGGAUCCCGAUUCGAAUUAGCUAGGAGUAUAAAUUGUGAUACUCUACCGUUGAUAUCUGGGUACGUUUGCGAUUAGGAUUCUGUUUCAGGGUCGUGGGCGGACUUCUGAUUGGGAUCCAUGUGCCUGCAAGGUCUGAUGGCAAGCUUUGAUGAUGAGGAAGAUUAAAGCUUUUUUAAGGGAUCAAAACGGAACAAGCUGAUAAAGUACCAAUUAUUACAUUCGUUCAUUUUUAGGUCUCAGCUUCAGUGUGAGCCUGUGAGGAGAGUUUAUGUUCCUUGGUUUCAGGUUGGGAAGAACGGAGUAACCAAGCAAAAUGUCCAUAUGGGGUACUUAUUAAUGCAUCAUUUUUAUUUUCAACCAUUUACCCAUUUUUUUCGGAUAGUGCACGGUGACGUAGUCGAAAUUUCAUCUUAGAUAGGUAUAUUUAAAAAAAAACACUAUAAAAUAGUUUUUAUUUAAACUUUUUAUCAUUCAUGAUAUAGUCUUAUAUUUGGAAAAAAUUUGAGGAGUUAAAGUACAUUAGUAGUUGAAAGCAUCGAGCAUGCCACUCUCUAUGUACCAAACAAUUAUUCAAGAUUUAGUUAGUAGCUCGAUUUUAAAUGGUAAUCUCUGUAACUAUUUAGUAUCAAUAACGCGUAUAGUUGGUAAUCUCUAUAUCAAACAAUUAUAUCAUUUAUUAAUAGGACCCCUCAAAAGAAAGUCAACUUUAAUUUGCUUGAAGUUUGCACAUAAAUUUACUCACCCUAAUUAUAAUUUUCAAAACUAUUAUAUCUAAUUUACUCAUUUCAUCCCAAACAUUGAUGGAUCCCAAGACCCACUCUGAUACACUCUCCCUCCGAUCCUGAUUGUGCAAGAGACUAAAAUACACACUUGCUCUAAAC